AUGAGCGUUGACGUUGUCAACAAUGAAGCCACAGAGAGUCUUUCAAUCGAAAAUUACACGAUAUCUCGUCUUAAAGGCUUGUAUGGAACUGGCCACACUUCGGCCACAGUGGUCGCGCAGAUUUUGCUGGCUAGACGUGUUAUGUGUCAGAAUAAGAGCUAA